CUGCAAUUGGGGCCUGGCUCCGUCGCCGUUUUCGUCUCUGUCUGGGAACCGGGGGACUGCAGCUGGCUUUAAUGCGCCCCAUUCAUUCAGUCGGUUGGUGUCGGCGAGCGAUGACGCAGUGGAGCAGCAGCAACGGCAACGGAAUAGGCGACGCCUGCGCGAACGGAAGUCCAGAAGAGUGUGGCACAGAGUUUGCCAAAUAGCCACCGCCGCUGGGGGGGAUUAGCGAAAACGCCAUCGAGGCAGCAAAGUUCUUUCAUGUGCUCUUUCAUUCUUUCUUUCUCCGCUUCGAUUGCAACUACAAAUUGAGUACUUGACGCGACCGCUGGACUGCCCACCCCCCACCAUAGCCCAUCUUCAGCCCCACCCCCUCCUCCAGCAGUGAGCGUGUGUGUGCGGGGUGAAUAACAUAAAACAGACAACAGACGCAAAAGGCGAGCGCAUAACAGCGAACGGCGAAAGCAUAAAAUAAACAAUUCCAUUUUGGGCUGGUCAGCUGGGAGGAAGUUCUAGCCCCGGCGCUGCUGGUGGUGGCGACUGGCGUGGCGGCGGUGGUGGGUGACGCGGUUGUGGUGCCAUAGCUGUGGGUGGGUGUGGGAUGUGCGUGCUCAGACCGAGCGAGAGCCAAACGCUUAGAGUCUAUUAUCUAUCCGGCCAGUGCUGACGUCGCUGGCGAUCUGUGAACUUGCUAAAAUCGGAAUCUCGGAGAAUCUGCCAACAUGUGCUACGUUAUUAUCACCAGCGCCAGCCUGGUGUGGUUCCUCUGCAGUUUGGUGGCCGACAUGCUUUUCGCCGUGGCCCUGGUCACGCCCAAGUGGCUGCUGGGCCCCGCCCAAGCCGCAAAUCCUCGGCGCCAAUCAUCGGUGGGCAUCUACACACGCUGCAAGGUGAUGCAGGAGGGGGGCUUUCACUGCGGUCGCUUCGACCUAGACGGACUGGCCACGGACAGCAGCGUCUAUCCCGGCGAAUGGAAGGCUGCCAUGUUCUUCGUCUCGCUGGGCUUUACCCUUCUGUCGCUGACGGUGCUGCUGACCCUGCUCACCUGUUGUCGCCAGUCGGCCUUCGGCAAGAGCAUCCACAAUAUGACCGCCUGCGCCCAGGUGGUGUCAGGAAUAAGCGUGAUGCUGGCCCUCUUCCUGCACCCGCUGGGCUGGCGAGCGACUCGGGUCCAACGCCUGUGCGGCCCGGAGGCGGAACCGUUUUAUCCCGCCGAUUGCAGCAUAGGAAUCUCCUUUUACUGCGCAGUUAUCGGCGUGGUACUCACCUUUGCGGCCGCCGGCCUGAGCCUGAAAGCGGAGUCUUCCAACAUGCGUUCCCGUGUCCGCCGGAGCGUGGAGUCCGGCAGCAAGCUGGUCUGCAUUCCGUAGCUGCCUCCGCAAAUAAGGAGCACAAUCUCUGGCUUAGAGCGAGCAUACUUAACUUCAUUCUCGAAUUAUCUUUAACAUUAGCAUAAAUAAACGUCUAACUUUUCUAUUGUAA